CAGGAAAUAUCAAAUAACCAACUUUCGCAAGUAUAUCAAGUAAUAAUUCAAGAUUUGGAGGAAGUACAUGAAUUAAAUUUCUUUAAAGAAGAUAUGACGCAUGUUUUGAAGGAUAUUAGAGACACUUGGGUUGUGGCAAACUUGGAGACUGCAGUUACUCAAGUUUAG